AUGUCUGAUUUCAUCUAUACGAUACUUGACAUUGGGUCUACACGAAUACGAUGUGGUUUGGCCGGUCAAUUCCUUCCUUCAGCUAUAGUAGAUAAUAAGGGUUUCAAGGAAGUGGGAUCCUUUCCUCCAUAUCUUGAGCUUAAAGACCAUUCACUCGAUGAUGAGACCCUGUCCCAGAUAAGGCACCAACUUCAAAAUACAUAUUCCACUUUGAUUGAAAGAUAUAGCCUCGAUAGUGUGAAUUGGAUGAAUUCUGGUGAUCAAUGGGAUGUUGCUUUACAUAGAAAUUUUCUCGAGUUGAUGAGUUUUAUUCCGUUAACACAUUCCAGAUGUCGAGUUAUAAUCAUUGAUGAGUUCCCAGUAAUGGUCAAAUACGUGAUAUCCAGGAUUCUUCUUAUCAAAAUGGGGUUUAAGUCGGUUCAAUUCAUCCCCAAGCCAAUUUUAUCGGGGAUAUCGGCCAAUUGUGGCAAUGGCUUGGUGGUGGAUUUGAGUUGGUCUAAAUUCAAAGUGACCAGUUUAUAUGAAUAUAGGAUUAUUGAUGAACAUGAAGGGUUUGUUGGGUUAUCAGGAGUUAAUUUGCAUUACAAAGUAUUGGAAAAGUUGGUUUCUACGGGUAAAAACGCCGACUUCGAUGAAAUAGAGCAAUUUAUUAUGGGAAAAGGUCAAUUAGACGUGGAUUUAGAUGAAAUUAUAGAUAGUUUGAUUGGCCCUGUGGUCACCACCAUCGCUAAACUUAUAGAAUCAUCUCCUAUAGACCUAAGAGCAGUUUUUAAAUCAAAUUUGAUCUUCGAUGGAGGGGUUUGUAAAGUCAAGGGAGUGAAGUCUAAACUAGGAAAUGGGAUCAAAUGCUUAGGCGCCUGGCAAGGAGGUUCCAUUUACUGUUCAACAUCGAUUCUUAAACGUACUAGAAGUAUUAGGAAGACAGAAGAGAUCACGAAAGAGAUGAUUAAAGACAUGACAGAUGACCAGGGUAUUCAAUUCAAUAAGCUAUUCUAG